CGUCACACAGUUCACUGUUUAAGCUUUUUCUACUGCUCCGCUUUCUCCUUCACACGUUUCAUUUUCUCCGGAUCUCUACCAUUUUCUUUUCGUUUCCUGAAUCUUUCCCGGAAAAUCCCAAUGUAUACCCUCGUUUAGUUUCAGAUGUGAUAGUUCUGUCUCUGGCUCAGAACGAAGCUUUAUAUUGACCUGCAAUCACAGAAACGGAGCGCGAAUUUUUUUUGCUCCAGAGGGAAGUCCAUAGACUCUUCGUAUUUCUUCUUUUCUUUUUCCAUCUGGAGAGUAAGAGUAUGGAUAGUUUCAGCGCGGAGGAUCUGUCGACGAUCGGCGGAAUCGCGACAGUUUCGCUUCUGCAUUCGUUUAUUCCGACGCACUGGUUGCCGUUCUCCAUUGUCGGACGUGCUCAGAAAUGGACGCUUUCUCGAACACUAUUCGUCACUGCAUUUGGGGCAGUCCUGCAUGUCAUAUCCACUACGCUCCUGGGUAUAACAGCAAUCACUAUUUCAAACACCAUUGCCGGUGAAGAGACAGUUCACAAGCUGGCUUCCCUUUUGCUUGUGAUUCUUGGUGGAUGCUACAUCAUGAUGUUUUUAUCUGGAAAGGGUGGUCACACUCAUUCUCACAACCAACCUAUGGAGAAAAUGGCGGUUGCUGGGCUUGUCCUCGUUCCUGCACUAUCUCCUUGUGCAACUACCCUUCCAGUUUUCCUUGCUGUCGGAAAUUCAAAGCCCAUGAUGGUUCUUGCUAUCAUAGUUCUGUUGAUAAGCACCAUAACCGUGAUGGUAUCGCUGGUGGCACUAUCAUUCUACGGGGCAAGCCAGCUGAAAUUUCACUGGGUGGAACGCUACGAUAAACUCAUCCUGGGUUCGGUUCUCUGCCUCGUAGGUAUUCUAACGCUCCUUUUCCAUGAUCACGACGAGGGAAGUCACCAUCUCCACCGGAAAAUCAUCGCUCUCUAGUAAACGGCAUUUUCAUCAUAUACAGUUUUUGUUUGUUGCCAGGCGUUGUUAGUAGCUCGGUAGCCGAAGAAGGUAUAAAGUCUCUCUAUCUCUACGUGAAAGCGCAGAUGUUUCUGUAUGUUCCAAGUUUAACGUCUUGUUACAGUUUCUGUCGCCUCUGAUGAAAGAUUUUAGCGGUAUUGGCGUUAGAACUGUUGGAGAUUAGCGUUUUGAUGGCCUACGUUUCAGAUUAGCGUUUGUAGCUGUAGCGGCUGUAGAGCUGGCUUUGGCCUAACUAAAUUUUGUUUUUAAGAAAAACUA